CGGGUUGCUAGUGGCCGACGACAGGAUUUUUGGGAGGUGAGGAUGGAGGCCAGUUUAUGGCCAGUAUUGCUUAGUAUAGGAUGCAAUACAACACCAAAUUGCUCGGACUGGAGUAGAUAUUCAGGUAUUGUUGCUUUUGGAGCGGAAAAAAACGUGGUUUUAUACGAUCCAUUGCAGCGAAAUUGCCAUGGAAUUAUUGAGAUUAUGAAAGGACAUACGGGUUUUGUUACGGUGGUUCGUUUUUUUAGGGGUUUUUUUGGUGAAAAAGAAGGUAUUAUUUCAGGAUCAACCGAUUCGAGUGUGAGGAUAUGGAGGAGAGGAGAAAAAUAUAGUGAAUGUGUUUAUACGAUUUCAUGUUGUACGGGAUCUGUUCAUAUUAUUGGGGUACAUGGAUGCUAUGUUGGUAUAGGAACAGCAGAUGGGUUUAUAUCAAUAUGGAAAAUUGGUGAAAAUGAUACAGGAAAUUUGGUUGUUGAGAAGAUACAAGAGAUGAAAAGUGUUAAUAUGCUUCCUUUGUCUAUGUGUUUUUAUGAAUUGCCAGAAUCAUUGAAUAUGAUACUUGCAGUAGCAGGAUCUUCGAAUUUUAUUGAUAUAUAUGUUUCUUGUAGAGUAGAAAGAGGCCAUGUUUUCACAUAUAAAUCGUCAAUUGAAGGGCAUCGUGAUUGGAUUAGGGGCUUGGAUAUUACAGUUGAAGAGAAAACAGGUGAUUUACUUCUUGCAAGUGCAAGUCAGGACAAACAUGCUAAAAUUUGGAGAAUAACUCGUAAAUUUGUGGGAGGAAAUGAGAAAGAAAAUAAUUCUACAUCUAAAAAUCAUGAUGAGUUUGAUUUUGAUCUAUUUCAAAUGAAUAAAAUCAUGAGUUUUUCGCUAGAAGAGGAUAAAACGCAUGAAUAUUCUAUAUCUUUUGAUGCAUUAUUGGUAGGUCAUGAUGAUUGGGUAUUUACAUGUUUAUGGCAUCCAUAUGGUGAAUUAAAGUUAUUAACUGCAUCUGCAGAUACUUCAUUAAUUAUAUGGCAUCUUGAUCAUCACUCAGGAAUCUGUAUUUCUUCAUCUCGUAUUGGAGAAAUGGGUUCUUUAAAGGGUGUUAGUACUGCUUCUGGAGGUUUUGGUGGGUUUUGUGGAGGUCUAUGGGGGCCCAAUGGCAAAAGUAUUGCAUGUUGGUGUAAAAGUGGAGGAUGGAAGAUAUUUUCAAAUAUAGAAGACAAUUGGGUUCAAAGAUUAUCCAUUACUGGACAUACAAAGCCUGUAAAAAGCAUAUCAUGGAGUCCAGGUGGUGAAUUUUUUGUUUCAUCUAGUUUGGAUCAAACAACUAGGCUUUUUUCUCCAUGGAUUCGCUCAGAUGAAGAUGGGAAUUUGGUGGAAACAUGGCAUGAAAUUUCAAGGCCACAGAUCCAUGGUUAUGAUAUAAAUUCUGUUUGCAUGCUUGAUAAAUGGAAAUUAGUUGCUGGUGCUGAUGAAAAGGUUAUUAGAAUCUUUAAUCCUGUUAAGAAUGUUGCAUCUUUGAUUUCUAAACUCUCUAAUUUAAGUUUUGAUAAGGAAAUUGAAAAACUUUCUGAUGUGGCCAAUGUACCCUUACUUGGCUUAUCUAAUAAAGCAGUGGACCUCACAAAUGAGGUUCCUAAUGAUUUAGAGGAUUUCUCUGAUAAUAAAGAUCAAUUGAAUGAUUUAAAAGAUGGAAUUUCUAAAAACUAUGUUGGUUUAGAAAUUCCUCCCUUUGAAGACUAUCUUCAAAGAUAUACACUUUGGCCAGAGAUUGAGAAACUAUAUGGUCAUGGAUAUGAAAUUAUAUCUGUGGCAUCUAGUCAUGAUAAAACUUUAAUUGCUACUACAUGUAAAGCAACUACAUCAGAACAUGCAGUUCUUCGUUUAUUUGAUACGUCUACAUGGCAAGAGAUUUUACCUCCAUUAGCAGCACAUAGUUUAACUGUAACACGAGUGAAAUUCUCUAAUGAUGAUAAAUAUAUAUUAAGUGUUGGAAGAGAUAGGAAGUUUGCAUUAUUUUAUAGAACAGAUGAAAAGAAUGUUUAUAAAUUAAUAGAGGCAAGGACUGCACAUUCAAGAAUUAUAUGGGAUUGUUGUUGGGCACCUGAUAUAGUAGGAUAUGUAUUUGUAACAGCAUCAAGAGAUAAAACUCUGAAGAUAUGGAAAUUUGAAACAGAAGAAAUGAAAUGUGAAUGCAUUACUAUUUUAAAGCUUUCACAUGCUGUUACAUCUGCAGAUAUUUGUCCUUAUAUGAUAAAUGAUUCAUGUUUUUUGGCUAUUGGUAUGGAAAAUGGGCUUAUUGUUAUUUUAAAAUCCAAUGGAAAAGACAUUUCUCAAUGGGAAAAAUCAUUUAACAUUAAUGAACAAUUAUUACCUGGAGGGUUUAUAUCUCAGAUUCAAUGGCGUCCUUAUUUGAAAUCAAAUAUACAUUAUUUUGGGGUUGCCAGUGAAGAUCAUUCAGUAAGAGUAUAUGGAAUUAAAUUUUAACUUUAUUUAUUAUCAUUUAAUGCAUAAAAUAUAUUGAAUCAUUU